AUGGACGUGACCACGCUGGUCAUGGAGGAGUGCAAGGUGGACUCUUUUUCACGCAAUGCUGCUGAGAUUGUGGAACGUCUAAAAGGCAUCGAAGAGCGCUGCGACUUUGCUGGGCGGGAGGUCGGUGCCUUGGCCGAAACUCGUGGAAAGCUCGAGAGGCUGCCCCUCUUUUCUGCACCCGCGGGAGUGAUGUAUGGGAAGUUCUCAUGGCUGCACGGCUACGAUGUGCUCACCUGCUAUGCGGCUCAUCCCGAACUGACGCCGCCGUCCUCGGUGGCUGCAAUCGCUGCGCACGGCCCAGCAGCUGCCUCACAAGUACUCUGGCGCUUCUCACAGUACUAUGAGGACCCGCAAAUCUUGAGGCUCACUGCUGGCGACCUCCUGCUUCACAUGAGCGAACAGAUGGAGCGCUGUCGCGCAGUGCCUGCAGCUUUGGAAACAGCCGGACCACGUUUGACCGUUUACAGCGGCCACGACACGACGCUGAUGCCUCUGCUCAAGGCCUUGGGCAUUUGGGACGGUGCAUGGCCGGGCUAUGCUGCCGAGGUUCGGCUGGAGCUUUGGCAGCUGCCCGAGGGCUCCCGGCACGAAUUCGCCGUCCGUGCUGUCAUCGGGAGCCGGGUGUUGCCUCUACUCCCUGGGAAAAGCGAGGAUGGUGAUGGCCUGAGCCUUUGCUGUUCGCUUGCUGCCUUCCACCUCUGCGCGAACGAGGUUGCCAGUGGUGUUGGCACUGUGCAUCCGGUACUCAAGCUUUCCUAA